GCCGCCACCUGCUGCUGGCGCACGCCGCGCUCUACGCCUACCGCGCGCCCGACUGCAACAAGGCGGACUGCAUGAUCCACCUGGAGGGCUUCACGGUGUGCGCGGCGGGCGAGGUGAAGUCGCGCGAGCACGCCUUCAAGGUGUACCACACCGGCACCGCCUUCUACUUCGCCUGCGACAGCCGCGACAGCAUGCUGGCCUGGAUCCACCUCAUCCACCGCGCCACGCUCAACUCCGGCCCGCCGCAGAGCGACAUAUCGAAGCAGUUCUCCGAGACGGACUACUCGGACACGGAGUCGGACACGGACGGGCCGGAGCGGCGCGAGCGCGAGCGGCGCGAGGACAAGGACAAGUCCAAGUUCGGCUCGCUGCGCAAGCUGGCCGGCCGCCGCAGCGACUCGCACGAGAGCGUCGGCCACGCCUCCACCAGCCUGGACAGGAAGUACCUGCGCUUCUUCUCGCGCAACAAGACCAAGGACGACACCAAGAACGGCAAGAGCAAGCAUUCCGGUGUGCCCGUCCCGACCGAGCACUACCGCAGCUACCGGCGCGUGGAGGCGGCGGGGCGCUCGCCGGCCGCCGGGGCCCCGCCCGCUACCGGGGCCCCGCCCGCCGCCGGGGCCCCGGGCGCGCCGCCGGCCGCCGCCAAGAUCCCCAAGCCCAUCAACUACAUCCACGCGUCCAACCCGAACCUUCUCGACUUCGAGAAGAGCGACUUCGUCACGAAGCCGACGCUGCGGGUCCCGCGGCCGCGCGCCAAGCCCGAGCCGAGCCCGAUGGGGCUGGUCACGCUCGAGGAGUUCAUGCUGAACAAGCAGGCCGAGGAGCGGAAGCAGGUGUACACGAACCGCGUGCUGCUGGGCGUGGAGCGCGACCGGCCGGCCGACCUGCAGCUGCGGCUGGACCGCAUCGUGCCCGACGUCAUCUACGGCGAGCUGCGCGCCUGCGCGCACAUGCAGGGCCGCAGCCUGCCGCGCGCGCCGGCGGGCGGAGGAGCCGAGCCCGCCAGGCAGCCGCGCGACGCCGUCAAGCCGAUCUCUGUCAAAGGGAAAGACGGGUACGAGAAGCUGGUGUACCCGUCGGAAGCGGCGGCGCUGGGCUACGAGAGCAUCGACGAGCCCGCGCCGCCCGAGCGCUGGCGCGACUCGCUGCGCCGCAACGACAAGGUGCACUCGGCGCCGCGGCGGGCCGGCGCCGCGCCGCUCGUGCACGCCUCGCCGCUGCCGGCCGACAGCUGGAGCGGCAGCGGCAGCGGCGGCGGCGGCGCGGAGGGCUCGCGCCUGCGCCUGGUGCUCCGCCACGCGCGCCAGUCGCCGCCGACGAGCCGCGCGGAGCCGGCGGCGCGGGCCGGCGCGGGCGCGUGGGGCGUGUACCCGCACCUGCAGUGCCCGCCCACCUUCCAGCCCGAGAGCUACUCGCUCGCGCGCCUCGCCCCGCCCCCGCCCGCGCCCGCCCCCAGUGAACAGUAA